AGUGGGUGUGACGUAUAAACAGUGCGACUAAGAGAGGAAGCCCAUGUUUGGCUGUUCCUUAGUAACUCAGAUUCCUCUAAAUUCACAGAGAGUUUGGAAUGAAGUAAAUCCUAUCUCAUGCUCAAAAACCAACUGGCAACAUAGUAUCUCACCAAGAAGAGGGCAUUGGAAGAAGAGAUGCCAUUGUGGGGUUAUCCUAACCGAAUAUCUGCUGAAUAAAGGUUCUGUUUAACAAGAAACCAGGAUGGAUUGGAAAAAAAGCCUUGCGGAUAAACUGAAGCAAGAUAACAAAGUAAGAAGAGGUGAACAGGAGAUGAAAGAAGAUGAAAUGAUGCUUUUUACAAAGUUUUACACAGAAUGGAAAGGAGGUUCGAAGGGACCAAACUCAGUGAACAUCCCUCGAUUCUAUUACAGACUGCCUGCUGAUGAUGAGGUGCUGCAGCAGAAACUGAGAGAAGAAUCCCGGGCUGUCUUUCUGCAGAGGAAAAGCAGAGAACUUUUAGACAACGAGGAGUUACAGAAUCUGUGGUUCCUUUUGGAUAAGCAUCAGUCCCCCCCUCUGUUUGGAGAGGAAGCCAUGAUCAACUAUGAAAACUUCCAGACUGUUGGUGAAAAAGCUGGAAUUAAAUGCAAGUCUUUUUUUACCUCCAAAGUCUUCGGUAAACUUAUUCACAAUGAUCCUUAUGGCAGAAUAUCCAUCAUGCAAUUUUUCAAUUAUGUUAUGAGAAAAGUAUGGCUGCACCAGACCAGGAUAGGACUGAGUUUGUAUGAUGUCGCUGGGCAAGGAUACCUUCGGGAAUCGGAUUUAGAGAAUUAUAUCCUAGAACUUAUACCAACUCUGCCUCAACUUGACGGAUUGGAAAAAUCUUUCUACUCUUUCUAUGUGUGCACAGCUGUCCGUAAGUUCUUCUUCUUCCUGGAUCCCCUGAGAACAGGAAAGAUAAAGAUUCAAGAUAUUUUGGCUUGCAGCUUCUUGGAUGAUUUACUUGAGCUGCGGGACGAAGAGCUUUCAAAGGAGAGUCAAGAAUCAAACUGGUUCUCUGCUCCGUCUGCACUAAGGGUGUAUGGACAGUACUUAAAUCUUGAUAAGGAUCACAAUGGAAUGCUGAGCAAAGAAGAACUUUCUCGUUACGGUACCGGAACCCUGACCAGCGUGUUUUUAGAUCGUGUCUUCCAGGAGUGCCUGACGUACGAUGGGGAGAUGGAUUACAAGACAUACUUGGAUUUUGUUCUGGCUUUAGAGAACAGGAAGGAGCCAGCAGCACUGCAGUAUAUAUUUAAGCUUCUAGACAUUGAGAACAAAGGCUGCCUGAACGUCUUCUCUCUAAAUUACUUCUUCCGAGCAAUACAGGAACAAGUGAAAGUUCACGGCCAGGAACCGGUCUCCUUUCAGGAUGUAAAGGAUGAAAUUUUUGACAUGGUUAAGCCAAAGGACCCUCUGUCUAUUACCCUCCAGGACCUGAUUCAGAGUAGCCAGGGUGACACCGUUUGCAGUAUUCUUAUUGAUCUGAAUGGAUUCUGGACGUACGAGAACAGGGAAGUGCUCGUAGCGAAUGAUGGAGAGAAUCCUGCCGAUAUUGAUGAUAUGUCAUAG